CAGGAGUCAAGAAAAAGGAAGAAGCUUUUUUGGUCUGCGUAAGCGUUUUGAAAUUAACAGAGUAACUUUUGGAGAUCAGACUCGCUUGUACACGACAGGGAUUGCGUGUUUUCACCAUGGUGUGUACGUUAGAUGUCAUGGCUCCUUCUCUUCCUCUGAUAUUUCUGCUUGUGAUGCCAGGGGUUUAUAGUGAUGAUGAUUGGGGUGUGAGUUACAGCUCUUCAUACAUCUGUGCACUAAAGGGGUCAUCAGUGAUAAUGUCCUGCACUUAUAAAUACCCUCCUGGAUAUAAGAUCAAGAACGUUUUCUGGACCAAAUUUUAUGAAAAGGGUGUAGAUCCUCCAGAUCUGUUUAAUGACCCUGAAUACAGUCAGAGGAUUCAGUAUCUGGGAGAUAAACAGCAGAACUGCACCAUCAGACUGAAUGAUGUGACACAGAAGGAUUCACACGAGUACUAUUUCAGAUUCAUUACUAAUAUAACUGAUGGAAGAUUUAUUGGUUAUCCUGGAGUGACUCUUGAUAUCACAGAUCUUCAUGUGGAGUCUCCUGAGAGCGUGACAGAGGGAGAUACAGUCAGUCUGACAUGUAAAAGCACCUGUAAUCUGACUGACAGAACAACAUUCAUCUGGUGGAAAAACACACAGUCAUUAACUGAGAGAAACAAUAAACUCCUCCUGCAGUCAGUCAGAAGAGAGGAUGCAGGCAGAUAUAGCUGUGCUGUACACGGACACAAUCUCACAUCACCUCAUGUUGAUCUCAAUGUUAAAUAUUCCCCAAAGGAGACGUUUGUUGUGGUGAAUCCAUCUGGUGAAAUAGUUUUGGGUGAUUCAGUGACUCUGACCUGCAGCAGUGAUUCAAACCCACCUGCACAAAUCAGCUGGUUUAAAGGGUCAACAUAUAUUGGAUCUGGAGAAAUCUACAGCAUCACAAGUAUCUGCUCUGAUCACAGUGGAGAAUACAAGUGCAAGUCCAGAAAUGAAGUUGGAGAGAAAUACUCUGAUACUGUCACUUUAAAUGUCAUGUAUUCUCCCAGGAAUGUCUCAGUGUCCAUGAGUGGAUCUGGUGAAAUAGUUUUGGGUGAUUCAGUGACUCUGACCUGCAGCAGUGAUUCAAACCCACCUGUUCUGAACUACACCUGGUUUAAGGAGAAUGAAAGUUCAUCUGUUGGAUCGGGACAGAGUUACAGUGCACUACAGAGUGGAUUCUUCUACUGUGUGACUCAGAAUCAACAUGGAUCUCAGAGAUCAGCUGCUGUAUCAGUGACAGUCCAUUAUAGACCUGGUUGGCAUGUAGUGUUGGGGAUCAUGAUGGGAUGUGGAGGAUUAUUCAUCAUCAUAAUCAUCAUUCUGUUUAUAAUAAAAAGGGUGAAAAGAAGACCCACUAUUCAGGAUUAUGAGAACGCUGAUCCCAUUGAUGAGACAUAUACAGCUCUUGACUCCAACACCAGAUCGUCUGAUGUGUACAACACAAUCACAACUGUUCAUCCCAGAUCUCCUGAAGACACACAGAGAGCUCUUGCUCCUCAGCGAAGCUCUCAUGAAUAUGUGAAUCUGUCAGAACAUACCUAUCAGAAAGUCAGGUCUUUUUAAUAACAUUCAAUAAAGAACAAACUGUCCUCACUACUAUUCAAUAGAUAUUAAACCAUCAUUAAUUCCACCCCCAUUACCACCCAGUACAAUAUCACAGCAAAAGCCUUUGAUCUUCUCAGCGUGGCAUGCUGAUAAUAGAAAUAUGGAUUGUCAUUUGUUAUUGAAGAAUAAAUCAGCACCUGGAGGAUGUUCAAUGGUCAAAUACAUACUAUAAAAGUGACUGUGUUGCUUAUUCUAUAAAUGUUUGUUAAUGAUGCAUUUUUUUAUAUCAAUUCUGAAUGUUGAUUGUUUAAGUGUGUACGUCACCCAGACGUCUAUUUCAUGGGUGAGUUUACAUCUGGAAGACGCAUUUGUUCAUGUUGUUUGCUCACCUCUCAUGCCAUCUCAGAUGUCAAUAAGAGAUUCAGCAGAUGUCUUUGAGAUGUUUUUGAUUUAGAAUGCUUGUAAAUAUGAUUUUUUUAAAGAUGUUUAGCACAUGUUAAUUAAAUCAAUGUUUCAUGACCAUUUGUUUCUAUAGUUUUCAAGUUGUCUUGUAAUGAGCUGGAUAAUGAGGAGUCCAACAGAUGUUAUAUAAAAUAAACAACUACAG